AUCUGUAAAAGGCAAAUGUCACUCAUCCCAAGAGACUUCGGAGGCAAUAGAAUGUCAUAGACUCUGAGCCUCUUCUGCCAUUGAAAGUCGAGGCUCUCUCUCUACUUCUCGUACUAGUCUACCUAGACGACUAUUGCAUCCAUACUGCUCUUCACGUUUCAAAUACUCUUGGUUGUCAUCAAGGAUGGCCACAAACCUUUACGAAACACUUGGCUUAAGCAGAGAUGCUACUCCAGACCAGAUUCGCAAGGCUUAUAGAAGGAAAGCCUUGGAAACUCAUCCUGACCGUUUGCCUCAAGGCGCUUCUCCAGCGCAGAAAUCUGCAUCAGAGGAGAUGUUCCGCAAGGUCAAUAACGCUUACGAAGUCCUCAGCGACCCGGAAAACCGCAAGACCUAUGACCGACAUGGAAUAUGGCCUCCCCCAACUGCCCAGGAGAGUUACACUCAGGGCAACUGGCAACGUCCUACUAGAGAGCCAUUCCAAGAUCCUUUUUUCCAGGACCCCUUUUCCCGACAUCCAUUUUUCAGUCAUGGUCAUCAAGCAGACCCAUUCUUCCCUUCUUCACGUCAUCCGCCCUUCCAUGACUUCACAGACCCUUUUAUACUCUUCAAUCGUAUUUUUGGAGAUUUUCACCAAGCCUUUUCGAGAGAUCCAUUCGGCGAUCCAUUUGGUCAUUGGGAUGAUGGACUUUUUGGCCGAGGGUUCAUGUCUCCGAUGUCCAUGUCUCCCAUUACGAGCUCGCCGUUUGGAUUCCUCACAGGAGGAAACGUAAAUGUAUACAGCUCUUCUUCCAGCGGGUCACUCGCUGGUGGCUCGAAUGGCCCUAGAUGGGUUUCUGAGAGCUACACAACUUCUACUGUAAACGGCGUUACCCACACCAAAGCUGUUCGUAGAGAUUCACAAGGCAACGAGCAUGUCACCUACUCAUUCCCGGAUGGUACCGAGCGCCGCUUGAUCAAUGGGGUCGAGCAACCCUCGAACUCUAACCCUCCCCCUUCUCAUCAUAAUCACCGUGCCAUCGCUGCACCGCCGUCAAGUCAAGACCCUCCUCCACCAUAUGAAGCUCAUGUCCCACCGCCAGCCGCAGGAUCUAUGCGCUCAUUACGGAGCACUCAUUCCAGGUCCCGAGACCACCGACAGGCACCUUACGCCCCGCAAUAUGCGGACCCAAAUUUGUCUGGACAUCGUCAGAAGAACAAGAGCCGCGAUGGUGCAGACGAUGCGCGGGGUGGGUCUGCAUGGAACUUUUGGAAGUGAAUGAAGCUAUCAAGAUGAUGAAAUUAUUUGUUACUCCAUACCUGGCCCUGGUUGCCAUGAUUCUGCAUACUCAUGAGAUAUAUUUGUUGUUUGUAUAUUUUCAUUCUUGUACUCUCGUCCAUUGUAUGUGUUCCACUCUGUUACCUCUUUAU